CGAUUAACACUUGUCAAAUAAACAGCAAGUCAGCUGUUGCCUGCUGUCGGUUUCCACAAAAAAGCACUAAUAAAUUAAUAUUAGUUAACGUUUUGAGAUCGACUUUUAAAAUUUGUAUUGACCAAUGGAUUCGAAUUUGCCUAAAAGAUUUUCUCACAUUAUACAACAAAGUCACCGAGUUGUGCUUCAAUCGCUGCGUUGAUAAUCUCAGUCAGCGCGAACUGUUCGACCAGGAGAGCGUCUGCGUGGACAGAUGUGUGACCAAAUUUGCGCGCUUCAAUCAAAACAUGAUGAAAUCCUAUGUGGAUGUGCAAACAAAAAUUAAUGCCAAACGCAUGGAGGAAGUGGAACAGAACGCCAAACAAUUGGAGCAACACCAACAGGAGGAACGCAUCAAGGAGCAGCUCAAAGAGAAAGAAGUCGCUGCCGUCGCUGCCACAGCUGUGCUGACGCCAGCCAAGCUGUCCAUGUAGCAGCAGCAAGCGCAAGCAGAUUGGAAUGCCAUGCCGCAGCUCCUCUUUUCAAUAUUAGAUAGUUAAGCAGCAACCAACACACACACACACAGACAGAGAUCUAAUACACAGCACACACACACACACCCUCACUCACUGUAAAUGCCGCGCAUUUGUCUGCUUGCGCUAAUCGGGCUGCCGGGCGCUGGCAAGACACGCCUUAGCAACUGGCUGCUGGAACAACCCACAUCUCUUACCGGCUGGAAUGUGAUGCAUCUGUGCUACGACGACCAUUUUAACAUAGGACCUAAAGACCACACAGACUAUAAAACGCAGCGCAAGCUAAUACACAAACUGUUGACACAGCUCAUUGCGGAACUUCAAGCGGGGGCCACUGAGCUGCCUGCCAUGGUGCGAGGUGGAACAACAACAACAACAGCCAUUGGCAACGACAACUAUCUAAUUGUUUGCGAUGAUAAUCAUUAUUAUCGCAGCAUGCGCAAUAAGCUUUAUCAGUUGUGUCGUAGCCAAAACUGCCUGUAUGCACAGCUUCAUGUGGCCAGCAGCCUGGACGCAUGUCUCCAGGGCAAUGUGGCACGUGGUGCAGCCGGCGUGCCGCCAGCUGUCAUACGGCAAAUGCAAACGCGUCUCGAGCCACCCAGUGCGACAGCCAACGGCUGGGAGAGAUUAAGCCUAACACUAACCAGCACAGACUAUGCUGCGGCAGCGCACAUUAUCAACGGGUUUAUUCGAUCCUUACUCGAGAGCCAGCUAGUUGGCACGUCUUUGGUGAGCGUGAAACAGCCGCAGGUGCAAUCGCUGGUGCAUCAGCUGGACCUGCUGCUGCGGGCGCGCAUUCAGAUCUGCAUGGAUGCCAUCGAAGAACAUCAACAGAAACGUAUCGGGGGCCACGCUUUGAACGGACAACGCAAACAGAUUUUGGCAAAAUUUCGCCUUGAUAUGCGCAACAGGCAGACAGACUUUUCUAAUCUUAACUUGGAAUACUAUGUUAAUUUGUUAAGCUAGUCUAAAGGAAAAUAAGCUUUAAACUGUUCGUAUGUACAUAUUUACAUAAUUUCUACAGUGUAGUACAUUAAACAAAAAAGGAAAACAAAUUGAUCUGUAACAUAUUCUAAAAAACAUUAA